UGCGACUUCGGUGUGUUAUCAUGUGAGCUGAAAAACUAAUGUUUUUCUGAAUUUUAUGAUCGUGAGUGGAUUAUAAUUUUGUGUAUCAGUGAAUUGUGACAAAUUUAAUCAUGGCGGACUUAAAAUCACCGCCUUUUAGUGACAUAAAAAGACCAGAAGAAGUGGUUCGCAUGACGACGAACGAUAGUCUGAAAUUUGCAGUUCUUAUCGGUUUGAUUGAAGUCGGACAGGUUACCAACAGGGAAGUGGUGAACACCGUCCUGCACUUGCUGGUGGGCGGCGAAUUCGACAUGGAGCUAAAUUUCGUGAUCCAGGACGCGCAGAACAUACAACACAUGCUGGAACUCCUGGACCACUGCCCGCCCAGCUUGCAGGCCGAGAUAUGGUCGGUGUUUAUCGCGAUACUGCGGAAGAGCGUCCGCAACCUGCAGGCGUGCACCGACGUGGGACUCAUCCACCACGUGCUGCAGCGGCUACCGCGAGCGGAGACCGUCGUCGCCGAUCUCUUGAUAGAGAUGCUGGGGGUGUUGGCGAGCUACAGCGUCACAGUCAAGGAGCUCAAGCAACUAUUUAACGCAAUGAAGGCUGUCAAUGGAAAAUGGCCUCGACACUCAGCCAAGCUGCUAAACGUGCUCCGACAGAUGCCACACAGGAACGGACCCGACGUCUUCUUCAGUUUCCCGGGACGCAAAGGAUCCGCCGUAGUACUACCGCCGUUGGCGCGGUGGCCUUACGAGAACGGCUUCACGUUCACCACCUGGUUCAGACUGGAUCCCAUCAACUCCGUCAACAUCGAAAGGGAAAAGCCUUAUUUGUACUGCUUUAAAACAAGUAAAGGCGUCGGCUACACAGCGCACUUCGUCGGUAACUGCCUCGUGCUUACAUCCAUGAAGAUCCGAGGCAAGGGGUUCCAGCACUGCGUGAAAUACGAAUUUCAACCGAGGAGAUGGUAUGCGAUAGCAGUCGUCUAUAUAUACAAUAGAUGGACGAAAAGCGAAAUCAAGUGUCUAGUGAAUGGUCAGCUGGCAUCGAGCACUGAGAUGGCCUGGUUCGUCUCCACCAAUGAUCCAUUCGACAAGUGCUACAUCGGUGCUACAGCUGAAUUGGACGAGGAGAGGGUGUUCUGCGGACAGAUGGCAGCCAUAUACCUGUUCGGAGAAGCUCUAACUACUCACCAGAUAUGCGCCAUGCAUAGACUAGGGCCCGGAUACAAGAGUCAGUUCCGUUUCGACAACGAAUGCAACAUCAGUUUGCCGGAGAACCACAAAAGGGUGAGCGAGACGACCGCUCCCAUGCUUGAAAACGCUGACGCUCCACCUCCAGAUACUGAAUCCUCUCCCCCCCGAACCCCCGAACCCGUAUCCCUGGAACCCGCUUCGCAAGAAGAUACUAGGAGAACAGAAACAGAAGGAGCAUGCGUAGUGUUUAAAGAAGACGCGACGCCCCGGGGACGCCGGCUGGCGGAUGAGGCGCGAGAAGUGGCUGCCGCGCAUGCCUCCCUGCUCGUAGAUAUCGAAGCAUGCAAGCGUGUACUAUACGACGGUAAGCUGUCGUCUGCGAUAGUGUUCAUGUAUAAUCCGGUCGCGACGGAUGGCCAGCUGUGUCUCCAAUCAGCACCCAAGGGCAACGUUUCUUACUUCGUGCACACGCCCCACGCCCUAAUGUUACAGGAAGUGAAAGCAGUCGUGACGCAUUCGAUACACAGCGCUCUGAACUCGAUAGGGGGAGUGCAAGUCUUGUUUCCGCUGUUUUCUCAACUCGACCUACAGCACGACGCGCCUCCGAACGAUCCCAAACGAGACCCCUUGCUAUGUUCGAAGCUGCUUGGGUUCGUUUGUUCCUUGGUGGAAUCCUGCAGCACGGUUCAGCAACACAUGCUGCAGUGUCGCGGGUUCCUCGUGAUCUCUCACAUGCUGCAGCGGUGCUCCAGAGACCACCUGACGCCUGAUACGCUCGCCUCCUUCCUGCAUUUAACGAAACAUCUUGUAACUUGCUGCUCUCCUAAUUCUGAUCUGCUAUUAAAACAGUCUUUCUGCCAAACUUUUCUGACGUGGCAGCUCCUGGACCACAUAUUGUUCAACCCCGCGCUGUGGAUCCACACUCCUGCUGCAGUACAGGCCAGGCUUUACUGCUAUCUGGCGACGGAUUUCCUCGCUGACGCCCACAUAUACGGAAGCGUCAGGAGAGUGAGCACGGUCUUGCAGACUGUUCACACGCUGAAGUUCUACUACUGGGUCGUGAACCCGAGGGCCAAAAGUGGAAUCGCACCCAAAGGACUCGAUGGUCCUCGACCAGCUCACAAAGAUAUAUUAACAAUCCGAGCGUACAUUUUGUUGUUUUUGAAACAACUGAUCAUGAUCGGGAAUGGCGUCAAGGAGGACGAACUGCAAUCUAUACUCAACUAUCUAACUACCAUGCACGAGGAUGAAAACUUGCAUGAUGUUCUGCAGAUGUUGAUCUCAUUAAUGUCCGAGCACCCUAGCUCUAUGGUACCUGCUUUUGACGCGAAAGGCGGAAUAAGGACAAUAUUCAAGCUGUUGGCGUCAGAAAGUCAAUUAAUAAGGUUACAGGCGCUAAAACUUCUCGGUUUCUUUCUGAGCAGAAGCACGCACAAACGUAAAUACGACGUAAUGUCGCCACACAACCUGUACACGUUGCUGGCGACCAGACUGGGGGCGAGCGGCGAGGGACUGGCCCUGCCCGUCUACAACGCCCUGUACGAACUCCUCACGGAGCACGUCGGGCAGCAGAUACUGUACACCAGCCACCCGGAGCCGCAGCCACACUUCAGACUCGAAAAUCCUAUGAUCUUGAAGGUGGUGGCCACGCUGAUAAGGCAGUCGAAGCAAACGGAACAGCUGCUGGAAGUGAAGAAGCUGUUCCUGUCGGACAUGACCCUGCUGUGCAGCAACAACCGCGAGAACCGGCGCACCGUGCUGCAGAUGUCCGUGUGGCAGGAAUGGCUCAUAGCGAUGGCUUAUAUCCACCCAAAGAACGCCGAGGAACAGAAAAUAUCUGACAUGGUCUACUCUCUGUUCCGGAUGCUUCUUCACCACGCCAUCAAACAUGAAUACGGAGGCUGGAGAGUGUGGGUGGAUACAUUAGCUAUUGUGCAUUCAAAGGUUUCGUACGAAGAAUUCAAGUUGCAGUUCGCACAAAUGUAUGAACAUUACGAGCAGAGACGAGCUGACAACAUCACAGAUCCAGCCGAGAGACAACAACGACCCAUCUCCACUAUAUCCGGCUGGGACAGGCACGCCGACACCCAGCACACCCCACGCGUCAUCCCGGACACAGACGACAGCAUGGACAGCUCUCCCGCGUCCAUCAGGAAGCAGAACGUCCUCAAUCACGGCGCGCAGACCGAAAUCGGAAAAGGGCUCUCGUUGCGAGAAGUCGAAUCGUGCAACUGUACCACAGUUAAAGCCGAAAGUGAUAAAAGUGAGGAAGAAUCCGAUCGGACUACACAAGUCGUUUAUAGUGAAGUGUGUAAAGUGCAUAGUCCCGUUAAAACUGUUGAUGCCGCAGUGCCCUCCGCCGAUGGUUGUGAUACUGUGAUCCGCGACUCUGAAGUCGAACACGCAAUCGAUGAAGCCGAGUCUGAGAAUGAACAGACAAUCUUCAACCCUGUUGUACAGUCCAGUAACGAAUUAGUAGAAUCUAUUAUAAGCGAAGAUACCAUUAUGGGCACUGAAUCAGGAUUAGGGACUUUAGAGAAACCCGAAAAACUCAACCGACAAGGAAGUUUAGAUUAUAUUCCAGUCAGAGAUGUAGGCGACACCGUAUCUAAAGAUGACAACACAGAUAAGAGUGAGGGAAUACCUUCAAGUUUAUCUGUGAGUGAAACAGCUAGUCCCGAGAGAGUAGCGGACUUAAAUAUCGUUACUGAGAGAGAAUCUGAGCUUUCAGAUCCAUCCGAACUAUACUUAACCCCCAGCGAAGCCACCAGCCCAAAGGAAGUUGAGGAAAAAGUUGAAGUUUUAGAUGAACCAACAGACGGUAUCGACGAUCCGAGGCACGUCGCUGUAAACAUUGUCAAUGACGUGCUCAGUGUGGCGCUGGAGACUGUGAGGCUGAAAGCUGACGACGACACCGACUCUGGUGCGAUAUCCGGUGGAUUGCAAUCCGAAGGUAACACGCCAAACGGUCGCGAUGACUUCGAUCAAGAAAUCGAAGAAAUCGUUAGCGAGAAACAAGCUGCUGAGUCUAUAGCUAAUGAAAUCGUUAUGGAUAUUGUAGAAUCUGCAUUGGCUAAGGGCGCUGAGAAUACUGAACCUACCGAAGAGAAUAGCCCGCAAAGGGUGUUACCCUCGGAUCAUCCUCACGAAGGGAACGUUUUGCCACUAGACGGUGAAUUCUUGGUUAGUCCCAGAGAAGAGGACGCUGAAAAACCUGAGGUUGCAGAAUCCGAAAAGAUUCCAGAAGAAAAUAUGAACAUUGAAAUUGAAAAUGCCGAUACUGAAGAACCAGAGCCACAGAAAACGACGGAAAUUCCACCAAUCUCGACUAUCAGUGAAAACAUAUCUUUAGCGAACAAGAAAGAACAAGAAACCGAUGAAGAUAGAGGUAGAGAGGGUGAGAGAGAAAAAAGACGGGUCAGUUUACCCGAAGACAGCGAGAGUAAGCAGGAUAGUGCUAGAGGUGAGGGUGUGGCCUCGCACGGUACCAACACUUCAUCAUCACCCAAAAGGCCUCGAAGUGCGUCCACUAGUACACAAGUGGACUCUAAUCAUUUUGAAUCGAAACGUCCAUCGAAAUGCUCCAGACCCAUGUUCUCCCCGGGACCCACUCGCCCCCCGUUCCGCAUCCCCGAGUUCCGCUGGUCCUACAUCCACCAGAGGCUGCUGUCGGAUGUGUUAUUCUCAUUGGAAACUGAUAUUCAGGUUUGGCGAAGUCAUUCCACUAAAUCUGUCAUAGACUUCGUCAAUAGCAGCGAGAACGCCAUCUUUGUCGUGAAUACCGUACACCUGAUCAGUCAGUUGGCCGACAAUCUGAUCAUCGCUUGUGGAGGGCUCCUGCCGCUCCUAGCAUCGGCCACGUCACCCAAUAACGAACUCGAUGUCAUCGAACCGACCCAGGGUAUGCCGGUGGAGGUGGCUGUGACCUUUCUACAGCGACUGGUCAGCAUGGCGGACGUUUUGAUAUUUGCAAGCGCCCUUAACUUUGCCGAGCUGGAGGCUGAGAAGAAUAUGUCCAGUGGCGGUAUCCUGAGGCAAUGUCUCCGACUUGUGUGCACGUGUGCGGUGCGCAAUUGCCUCGAGUGCAAGGAGCGCCAGCGGUACGCAGCCGCCAGGGCUGCACGUGCCGGAGACUCGCCCUCGCCGAAGAGCGUCGUGGCGAGUCUUGCCGACGCCUCCAGCCCCGUCAAAGAUCCGGAAAGGCUUCUGCAGGACAUGGACGUCAAUCGACUCCGCGCUGUCAUCUACAGGGAUGUUGAGGAGACGAAACAAGCGCAGUUCUUGUCGCUUGCCAUCGUUUAUUUCAUCUCGGUACUGAUGGUUUCGAAGUACCGCGACAUCUUGGAGCCGCCCGCCCACGCGCCUCCGGAAUGUUCCAGAAGGCCGCACCACUCCCACGAGCAUCACGGGUCUAGGCCUCUGUUCCCCCAGUGGUCGCACCACGUGUACCCGCAGUUCCUGCCGGAACACAACGGGGAUGAUGUGGAAUACGCCAUGAUUGUUGUUGACGAGAACAAUUCUACAAUAAACGAAUUAGAUUCACCAUCGAUGAAGGAGUCGGAAGCCAAGGAAGAUGCUGUGGCAAAAAUAGAAACAACGGCCAUAGAAUUGAAGCCGCCGUCUCCGGAACAGCCCGAGCUGAGUAAGCCGGCUGAGACGCCCACCCCAGAAAAGGAAGAACCGCUUUUCAAGUCGAGCCUCCGAGUGAAACCGCAGCCCAAAAUAAAGCAUCCCACUGCAAGGUCCAAAACGUUGUCCGGGAUAACGGUGUCAGUGGUCAAUUUGAGCGUGGAUUCGAUCGAAGACGCCGGCUCGUUUCAUCUCAACUCUAAUGAGACUACUAACAAUGAUCCUGAGACCUCCAGCGAGAUCGCUCUAGAUGAUAACAAACACGCGGCCAGUAAUGACGAAUCUUGGACCGAUGUUAAUUUGAAUGAGGAAGGUGAAAGGGGUCCGGCCACCAUUACUGGGAGAACGAGAGACCACGAAGGAAACAUACAUGAAGAUAUCGACAAACAGAUUCAUAUGAGGACUACAGAUUCACAUCACCACAUUCAACAACGACAAAAUAGAAACCUUCAGGCUGCACAACGCCAUUUACAUCCGGACAAUGAGACACUGGCUGGUUUAAAUGCAAUGAACGCUUCGAUGUCGGCCGACGGAGUGUCCCGGGAAGCCUCUCUGACCCACAAGCUUGAGACAGCCCUGGGCCCUGUCUGUCCGCUUUUGAGGGAGAUAAUGCUAGAUUUUGCUCCUUUCCUUUCUAAGACCCUGGUAGGAAGUCACGGACAGGAGCUCCUGAUGGAGGGUAAAGGUCUCCAAACAUUUAAAUCCAGCACUUCGGUAGUGGAACUCGUGAUGUUGCUCUGUUCGCAAGAGUGGCAGAACUCCCUCCAGAAGCACGCCGGCCUCGCCUUCAUCGAGCUCAUCAACGAGGGACGGUUACUGUCACACGCCAUGAGGGACCACAUUGUCCGCGUUGCGAACGAAGCUGAGUUCAUCCUCAACAGAAUGAGAGCUGACGACGUUUUGAAACACGCUGAUUUUGAGUGCCUUUGCGCCACGAGUAGCGCAGAGCGAGCUGACGAGGAGAGGACCUGUGAGCGGCUGAUCGCGGCGGCGAGGAGGAGGGACACCGCGGCCGCCGCCCGCCUGCUGGACAAGCUCCGCCACGCUGCAGCACACCAGGCCGGGACCGGCACGCAGUUCUGGAAGCUAGACUCGUGGGAGGACGAUGCCCGGCGUCGGAGGAGACUGGUGCCCGACCCGCGCGGACACCGACACGACGACGCCGUGCUCGUGCGCCAACACGCGCAGCCGCCGCCCCACGACGCCAUCCUCCAGGCCACGGAGGAGUUGCACGCGCGGCUGGCGGCGGGCGGGGCGGGGCGCGGGGCGCAGCUGCCCACGCCGGCCGCCGCCGAGCUCCUCGACGACGCUGAGCUCCUGGUAGACGAUCGGGAAAUCGAUGCUGACCUUACUGGUCCAGUGAACAUCAGCACGAAGGCGAAGUUGCUGGCUCCCGGCCUAGUGGCGCCCGGGACAGUGUCGCUCACAUCCACGGAACUCUAUUUCGAGGUGGACGAGGAUGAUCCGGAGUACAAGAAAAUCGAUCCUGAGGUAAGUAACCGGAGACGCCGCCGCCCUCGACGGUGUAAAACACACUUUAUAAGGGACUCACUCGGAACUGAUGGCCGAUAAAGAAUGUCG